UUUACUAUGUACACAUCAACACAUCUUCCACGCGUUACGUCAUGGUAAUUCCAGUAUUUCACCACCCACGAUUUUCUUAAAAAUUCAUUUAAUCAAUUUAAAAUAUAACAACCGGAUAAUUGUGUAUAUAUAAAAUGGGAUUAAAAUGGACGGUGAUCGUGGCGGUAUGCCUGGGCGCCAUGAUGGACGAAUACCUGUACCAAAUCCCGGCAGCCUUAUCCGGGCAGUUCCGCAAUUCCACCGCCUGUCAGUCGGUGUACAAACUCCUCCAGGAGGGACGUCUCCGGAAGGGGAAAUUCGGCCGUCUGGAGACCGUCCCCAGUGAGCCGGUGACCCUCCUCCCGGUCCACCACACCGCCACCACCUCCACCGGCCGUACCCGCAAGCGUCACGACUACCGUCACCGCCCCACCACCGCGGAAUGGGGACAGUCCCGGGAUUUCCGGGCGGGAACGCCGGAGCGGGAAAAAUCCCGCCGGGAGACCCCGAAAUGGGAGGAAUUCCGAGAGACGACCGAAGACCCGGAAGAUAGGCGGGAGGAUUUUAAGGCCGCGUUUACUAAGCGGUAUCGUACCACGAGCACGACGCCGGCAGAGGAACAGGAGGGCGGAGAGUGGGCGGAGAUUAAGGAGUCGGAUUUGUUGGCUAUGGACCGGGAGAUUGAAGAGGCGGAUAAUGAUCCGUGCCUGCAUUUUGGACCGCUGCGGUAUAACCUGCUGUACGCGGUGCCCGCCCUAGCGACGGCGGUCACGGCGCCGUUUUAUCAGUGGGUGCUGCGGCGGUUUGGCACGGCGACGGUGUGCGUGGUGACGUAUGCGCUAUCGUUUAUGGCAGUGGUGGCAAUGGCUAUUGGCAGUCAACUUUCCAUUUCAAAAGCGCUGACCACGAUGCUGGUGGCUCGAGCUGUUCAAGGUAUCACGCGCGGUCUCAACUUCAGCGCCGCCCUGCGCAUUUUAUCCAAGACAUCGGUCCACUACGAGGAUUCCCUGUACAUCACCGGUCUGAUUCUCUUUUACGACAUCGGCGGAGCGUUGACCUUUUGGAUCACCGGCUCCCUGGGCAGUCGCAUCGGGCUGACCGCCACCCUGUGGGUGGACGUGGCGGUAGCUUGUAUUUCCUUCGUCCCGGCGAUUAUUCUCUGUGUAUCGCUCCGCCGCAAUGAGAAACGCGAUCAGAUGGCGGCGCUUGUGCAGACGGAGAUCUUCCAGGAUUCUCUCAACUGGCGCAAGGCACUUAGCCGACAGAAUGCUCCAGCGUCCUAUUGGUGGCUGAUCGGGUUCUCCGUGUUUUUCGUGGGGUGUAUACAGAUUUUUAUCGCGAACGCGCCUCAAAUGAUACAGGACUUGGGCUAUACUGAAAAUCAAGCCAGUUACGCCAUCGGCUUGAUUUAUUUCACCGGCUUCUUACUGCCGAUCUUUGCCUUCUUGGUGGAUUACUGGGACCGAAAAGAUCUGUGGAUCGCCGUCACCGCCGGACUCCUGCUGCUCGGCUUCUCCUUUAUGUACCUGCUGAAAUCCCUGUCGCUGUUAUGCUUCUUCAUGGGCACCGCCUUCGCCAUGCAGUACAUUCUCAUCCCAGCCUGCGUGGCCCGCAGCGUCCCCAACGCUAGCUUCAAGUCGGCCAUGGACUGCCUGAUGGCCGUGACGAAUGCCGGGAUCGCCGUGCUAACCGUGGGUACCGGCUCCGUCUUACAGAUAUUUUCCGGGUAUCUCCGCGAUGCUUGGGGCAAAUUCCUCCUGGUGGACACCACCAUGGCCAUUAUCGCCGCUAUCAUGGUCAUCAUGGUCCUACUAUUCGACAGCCGUCUGGGCGGCCGGAUGCGACAGCGCAAUCCUGAACACCCGCGCGCGCUGACCAUGAUGAACGACACCGUCGGCAAACUGAACUGUAUGGGCCACCGCGAGCCGCACCCCCCGCCGCCACCGCGCUCCGAACCGCCCAUCGCCAUCCGUCCACAACCGACCCGCCUGGUCCAACGCCCCGGUAUCCAGCCGGAGCACGCCCACAUUGUUGACCAUCCGCCGCCCCCGCCCAGCUACGACGCGGCCAUGCUGCCCAAAGAGGAAGAAAAGUUUGGGAUCCUGCGCAACCCAGCAGGGGGCCGGUCGUACGCCACCAUUGGACGACCGGGACGAGCGCUGUCGCAGUCGUCCCGGAGCGAUUCCACUUCCAGCCGCCGCUCGCAGUAUGGUAUAUAAUUUCUGAUAUUUCACGGACUGUCUAUUGUCAACUGUAUUCUUAAUUCAUAAACGCAGUCAUAUGCCACUCUGUCCUGUACAACAGAGGUUGAUUUUUGACACCUCUGAUUGUUUCGUCGACGUUGCGUUGUGUUUUGUGUUUUCCCGUUUUGCUGCUAUUGCACUAGCUCCAUCUGUCCAUCAUUUCAUUCGUACCGGAGCGCACCGAAGGUCCUUCUAAACGAAAAAUGUGUGUCAGUCUGUCGGUUACGGAAGUAAAGAUUGACGCCAUAUAAGAAAGUAAAAA